ACAUAAACCAGUUCCUUUUAGUUCAUUGAUCUCUCAGCAUGGCUUCCAUGUAUAAUAUCAACCCUAUCCUCCAUUUUCUUCAGUUCAUAAUCCUUUUGAAACUGAUUCAGAUACCUUUAUGUUUGAGCACAAAUGAAGGUUGUGAGAAUCUGUUUAAUUGUGGAAAUAUAAAACAAAUUGGUUUUCCUUUCUGGGGAGAGGAUCGACCAAAAGAGUGUGGCCACCCUUUGUUGAAUCUCAAUUGCACAAACAAUACCAGCUACAUAACAAUCAAUGAAGUCAAGUAUAAUGUUUUAGAAGCCAAACCUGAUGAACAUACUUUGAGAAUCACCAAAGAGGACUAUUUGCAAGGACUAUGUCCAACAAAACUUGUCAACACAACAUUAGACCCCGACCUCUUUGUUUAUGGUCCUGACUACAAUAAUCUUACACUCUUCUAUGGUUGUCCACCUUCAAUUACUUUCCCUUUGAACGGGCGCUUUCUAUGUCCUUCAAAUGGAUAUUCUGAUGAAUUUGUUUAUACUUGGUUUGGGUAUAAUCUUGAUCCUCAAGCUUUUUCAUGCCGAGAAAGUAUGGUUGUUCCAGUCUUGAAUUCGUUGAUUGCUGUUGGUGAUUUGACUAGAAUACGAAGUGCAAUCGGAGGUGAAUUUGUGGUGAGAUGGAUAGCUGGUAUUCAAGAUUGUGAGAAGUGUCAAAAAUCAGGUGGAUUUUGUGGUUAUAACUGGACUUCAAGGCAAACAACCUGUUACUGUGGAGACCAACCUUGCUCUAAUGGACAGUCUCAAAAAUCUCCAUCAGGUUCAAAACGGAAGUGGAGAUUUAUUGUGAUAGGUGCUUCGCUUGUUGCAUUUGGAGUAACAAUGCUCUUAAUUAUUUUGGUUAGUUAUCACCUUAAAAGGGGUAUAGGUACACAACAUAAGAUCAUUUUCUGGAAAAGAAAGAAACUUGUGGACAACAAUGUGGAGAUAUUCAUGCAGAGUUAUAAUUUAUCGAUGCCAAGAAGGUAUAGAUAUACAGAAGUAAAAAGGAUCACAAACUCAUUUCGGGAUAAAUUAGGCCAAGGAGGAUAUGGUGUUGUUUACAAAGCAAGUUUAAUUGAUGGUCGUCAAGUGGCGGUGAAAGUAAUAAAUGAAUCCAAAGGAAAUGGAGAAGAAUUCAUAAAUGAAGUUGCUAGCAUUAGUCGAACAUCACACAUGAACAUUGUGUCCCUUUUAGGCUUUUGUUAUGAGGUGGACAAAAGAGCACUAAUAUAUGAAUUCAUGCCCAAUGGAUCAUUGGAUAAGUUCAUCUAUAAAAGUGAAUUUCCUAACGCUAUUUGUGAUUUUGAUUGGAACACUUUGUUCCAAAUAGCAAUUGGCAUUGCUAGAGGUCUAGAGUACUUGCACCAAGGAUGCAGUUCAAGGAUUCUGCAUCUUGAUAUAAAACCUCAAAACAUUCUUUUGGAUGAUGAUUUUUGCCCAAAAAUCUCUGAUUUUGGACUAGCGAAAAUAUGCCAAAAGAAGGAUAGUAUUGUGUCAAUAUUAGGGGCAAGAGGAACAAUAGGAUAUAUGGCACCAGAAGCAUUUAAUAGAUCAUUUGGUGGAGUUUCUUACAAAUCUGAUGUAUAUAGUUAUGGCAUGUUGAUUCUUGAAAUGAUCGGAGGAAGGAAGAACUAUGACACUGGAGGGUCGUGUACUCCGGAAAUGUAUUUUCCAGAUUGGAUUUAUAAGGAUCUUGAGCAAGGUAAUAAUAACCUUUUUAACUGUAUGACAUCGUCAGAGGAAGAAAAUGAUAUGGUUAGAAAGAUUACUUUGGUGAGUCUAUGGUGUAUUCAAACCAAACCAUUAGACAGGCCACCGAUGAAUAAAGUAAUAGAAAUGUUGCAAGGACCACUUUCCUCGGUGUCAUAUCCUCCAAAGCCUGUCUUAUUUUCUCCUGAAAGGACACCGCUACAAAUGCCGCAUAUAUCUUCAUCCGAUUCGUAUGAGACAAAUUCUAUUACUCUAUCAAAUUAAUUGUUCUAUCUUUGAAUUAAAUUGUUAGUUCAAUAAUUUCCAAAAUUAAAUAAUUGUAACCUGUCAAAUAAUGGU